AAGUGCCAAUCUAAUCAAGGGGAAGUCCCGCCCACUCUGCCCUGUGCCUAUAUAAAGGCGAGGCGCGGCGGCCGCGGCACUCACUGAAGCCCGCGAGUCCGCAGAGCAGCAGAGCCAGGCCAGUGCUCCAGAAGGCAGCAAGAUGUUGAGAGCCACAGCUCCUUGCUGGUUCCCACCCGGAUAUCCAGAAGCUAAGAAGGUGGCCGAGGAGCUGGCCCUCGAGGCUCUAGAGCUCCCACUGCCCUCUCAUCAGCCUGCCCGGAACUUCGGGCUCUGGGUGCCCCAGAUGUACAACCAGGCCUCAGCGCUUGUGGGGAUCCAGGCGGAGCCUCAGAAUAGCGGUCCGGCCGUGGCCCCAGAGUGGCCCAAGAUGGUGACGGAGGCGUGGUACUUCCCUGCGCAGAGGGCAUCGGCCUGCCAGCCGCCAGCCGCCCCAAGGCUGACAGAGAGGCCCCCCGCAGUCCGCAUCUCAGCCCCCAGGGAGAGGAAGAGGAUCGCCCACUUUCCCAGCCCUUGCUUGGACACAGGUCCCACAGAUGCCAAGAGAACCCUGGCGGCCAGCAGCCACCAACGCUCCGAUGGCUCCAAGGUCGGCACACAGCCAUGGAAGACGCACAACAGGUCAGGGAUGGCAUACAGGACCUCCACCACCGACAGCUCUAAGCGAAUCGCCCAUCGUCCAUCCUUACGGAGUCUGAAGAAACCCAUCCUCCUCCGAAAGUCUGGGUGCCGAGUCCCCACCGUCAUCCGCCGAGGCUAUCUCCAACUGCUCACCAAAGAGUGUCUCCAGUUCUGCGCCUCCGAGCAGGAGGCGAAGGAGAAGGCGCUGAACGAGGAGAAGGUGGCCCACGACCGCAGCCCCAACAAGAACGUCUACCUGAAUGUGGUGCUGAACGCCCUCAAGAGACUGAAGGGCCUGACCCCCAGCUCCAUGCCCGGCCUCAGCAGGACCGCUCUGUACAGCCGCCUCCAGGACUUCCUGCUCACUCGGGAGCAGCUCAAGGAGAACGGCUACCCCUUCCCGCACCCCGAGCGGCCCGGAGGCGCCGUCCUCUUCACUGCCCAGGGGAAGGGGCCAGGCGACUCCUCCCGCAGGGUCUGCUGCCGCUGUGGCACCGAGUACCUGGUGUCCCCUUCGGGCCGCUGUGUACGCGACCAGGUGUGUUACUACCACUGGGGGAGGGUCCGCUCCAGCCAAGUGGCCGGAGGCCGGCUUACCCAGUACACCUGCUGUGCAGCCGCUCCUGGCUCCGUGGGCUGCCAGGUGGCAAAGCAGCACGUGCGGGACGGCCGCAAGGAGAGCCUGGAUGGCUUCGUGAAGACCUUCAAGAAAGAGUUUUCCAGAGACGCUUAUCCCGGAAUCUACGCCUUGGACUGUGAGAUGUGCUACACCACGCACGGCCUAGAGCUGACCCGUGUCACCGUGGUGGACGCCGACAUGCGGGUGGUGUACGACACCUUCGUCAAGCCCGACAACGAGAUCGUGGACUACAACACCAGGUUUUCCGGCGUGACCGAGGCCGACGUCGCCCAGACCAGCAUCACGUUGCCGAAAGUCCAAGCCAUCCUGCUGAGCUUUUUCAGCGCCCAAACCAUCCUCAUCGGGCACAGCCUGGAGAGCGACCUGCUGGCCCUGAAGCUGAUCCACAGCACCGUGGUGGACACGGCGGUGCUCUUCCCGCACUACCGGGGUUUCCCCUACAAGCGCUCCCUAAGGAAUCUCACGGCCGACUACCUCGGACAGAUCAUCCAGGACAGCCAGGACGGGCACGACUCCUGCCAGGACGCAAACGCCUGCCUGCAGCUGGUGAUGUGGAAAGUCCGAGAGCGCGCCGGGAUCCAGCGAGGCCACCCGUCCGCCUCUCCCGCCGCCCUGGCCUGUCCUCAGACCCAGGCCUCUUCCACAACUGCGAUCGCUCCCGAGAGCUAACCCAGUCCACCUGGCCGCAAAGCGACAGAAACCGAAGCAGCCGGUUUUGCAGGAGAGGGCAAAAAGCCAAGACUAACCCCGACCCCGACUUCCAGUCCCCCGGAGUCCCUGCCGCGGCCCCUCGCGACUGUCCCCAUCCCUCUGCCCCUCCGAGACCUCUAUCCUUCCACCAAUCGCCUCCCCCAGCCCCGAGCCCCCACUCCCAGGCCCCCGAGUCCCUGCCGCGGUCCCUCGCGCCUGGUCCCAUCCCUCUGCCCCUCCCAGACCUCUGUCCUUCUUCCCCCGUAGCCUCCCUCAGCCCACCUGGACUUCCAUGAUCUCUGAGAACAAAGCCAGCCCCCUGGCCCCCCAGCCUCCUGCCAGUCUUCCCUCCUGGGCGUCUUCCUCUUCUCUGGGGCUUUCGGAACCUCCCCUCCCCCAC